UUAUCUCUAUUAUUAUAAUCGAGGUAGGUACAUAAUAUUUAAUUGAGUAAAGUAUUAUUUAAGAGUUGUAAUGAACAAACAUUAGGUAAAUCAGACAAGAAAGAGAGAGCUUAAAGUUUAAUGGAAUGGCACUUUCCUUGACUUGCAACGACGUGAACCGCACAAACCCUUCUAUUACAAAAGUUGGCUAACAAACAACCCAUCUUCAUUACCCAUUCCUUCACCCACACUCUUCACCCAAAUCAUUCCAAAAUGAAAGUGGAAGCUGCUCUAGUUUCCUUCAAAUCCAAGCUUUCAAAACCAUGCAAGAAACUCCUCCAUGUCUUCAAAUUCCGGGUCAGGAAGCCCUUGUCGAUAAGAUCGCUUUGGCCUCGUCCUUGCGCAUCCAAGCCCCGGAAGCGUUGGUCGUGGCUCUGGUGGCUACGACGAGGAGUAGGGAAGAUGGAGCGAGUGAGAGAGUUGAGGGGCGGAAGGUGUUUGGAUGGAUCUCAAGAGAAGCUUCUGUUCCCGUCCCCAUUGAGAGGGAGGAAGGUCGGGGAGACGACGAGGGGUUCGAGCUCGGCCGAGGAGGUGGAAGAUGCUUGUAGGAGCUUUGAGAAUUAUCUUGUGGAGAUGAUCAUUGAAGAAGGGAAAGUAAGGGACUUGAUGGAUGUUGAAGAGCUUUUGUAUUGUUGGAGGAAUUUGAAGUGUCCUGUUUUUGUUGAUUUGGUUUGUAGAUUCUAUGGAGAGCUUUGCAAGGAUUUGUUUUCUCCUGAUAAUGAAGCUUUUACUCCAAAUUUGCACCCAAUUAAACCAUAGAUCGAGAAAUAACAAUGUAACAGUGGUGGUGUUUUACUUCUUUGGCUUGUCGAUAUUUUCGAAUUGAUC